AUGCUUUUGGCACCUGUGCUACUGUUGUCAUGUCAGUUCUGGAUAGCUCAUUCUGCUGGAGUUUUGCCAAAAAUCUCUUCUACAAUAGAUCCCAAUACAGCUCUCGUCAUUUUCGGGACUAGGUAUGAUUUCACAUGGCUUUAUUUCAUCUGACACGACUUUCGUAGGCACGGCAACAGAAAUCCGUACAGAUUCCUUCCUCAAACCCCUCAAACAUGGGGCUUCGAAGGAUCCAACGAACUGACAAACGUAGGUAAUUGGGUAUCAAUGGGUUCAAACUCUAAAUGUUGGAGAUUGGAAAGAGACAGAGCUACGGUCUAGGUUCUGAACUCCGAAAGUUCAUCGGGAAUCUGGUAGGAACAGUAGAAAACUUGUGAAAACAAAUACGUUCAGACAUCUAAAAAUUAUAACGCAUCCGAAGUUGUUUACUACUCGAGUCCUGCCAACCGAUGUCAAAUGACGUUGCAGGUGAGACUCUGGCGAAUUUAGACAUUUGGGUGAUUUCUCGGAAACGGAGAACUGUAAAUUCGAUCAGACAAAAAGUUCCACUAAAAAGUUCAAUUUUUUUCUUCACUUUUUUUCAAAAAAAUAAUUACUGGAUUUUUUUGAAGGCGGAAAAAUUCUUGCAUGAUCUAAAAAUAACCUUAAAAACUCAUUUUUGCAUCCAUCUUUUUGAAACGGGUUGCUCAGUUAACACUAAAACCUUUUUUUAAACUCACUAUAUUUUCUAUGAUUGCCAUUAAACCUAAUAAAAACUUUGAAAGAAAGACCAUCUUUGGAUCAAGUCACCAAACUCGGAAAAAAAGCAAUUUUAUUUUUCUUAACAAUUUGUAUUCUAGACCCGUCUUCAGGUGCUCACCGCUGGACUGCAUCCUCCAGAAACUUGGGCAGAGUGGAAUAAACCUGUCUUCGAAAAUUGGAGCCCCGUUCCCUACACAAUCAACGACGCCAUGUUGCGCAUGUACUCUGUGUCAGAAUGCAAGAAGAAUGCCGUCGGUUAGUUUUGAUCCAACAAAAAAAAAGUCGGCGUCUAUGUGCGUUAAAGUCUGGAAGUCGAUAGACAAUGAAGAACAGCCGCAACUCAAACAACUUCUGACGGAAAAAGCCCCGCUUCUCGCCUACUUUGAGAAAAACACCGGCUGGAACAUGUCCAACCUGUUGAACGCCCAAACUCUCGCAGACAAUGUGCUAGAAAUGGUGACCCCGAAGAAUUUGACAAAUAAAAGAAAAACCUAGUGUCUCCACAAUGCACCAUUGCCCGAUUGGAUCACUGCUCCCACUGCAAACUUGACCUCCCAAGAGUUGUUAGCCGAAAUCAUGAGCUUCUGUGAGUUGAUGAAUUCCAACUGGCAUGUUUAAAGACGAUGUUUUGAAAAGAAUAUUGUUUUCUCUUGAUGUUUUAAUAACAUUUUUUCCCAGUUGAAUGCUCUUCAAAACUUUCCAGCCGAAGCGCACGAGGUUGCCUGUGCUAAUUAUCCUCCUUGUCGCGACCUGAUGGCCGGCUAUUGGCUCAGCGACAUUCUCAGCAAACUCAACACGGCCAAUAAACAAAGCGAGGUGAAACUCGUCGGAUACUCAUCGGUUUGUCGUUCUGUUUCGCUCAGAAUUAUCCAACCAUCAGCAUUCCCAAGCGACUUUAUCAAUCAUGAAACUAUUGGGAAUGAACAAAAAUGAAGUGAGAACCUCCGCUGGAUUCGUGAUCGAGUUCAGGUCAGUGUAAUGAGAAACGGCGAGCACAGAAAAAAUUCAGAAAGGUACCGUAUCCGUCUGUGAGACUGCUCAACCACGACCCAAACCCGAUAGACACUCAUGUCAUCUAUCCAGUCAGCUGUCACUUUCUCUGACCAAUUUGAAAACAAUUAAGGCAACGCUCGUCGACUCUUUGAAAGCAUAUCAAGACGCGGAUGGGUUCAUCAAUUUGGCAACUUUCUCCAACUACAUUCGUCCUUUUGUAAGUCUAGAGCAUUUCCUGGUAUAAAAAAGUCUCGCUUCCAGGCCAAAGCUAACUGGAAGUCUGUCUGUGGAAUCACACCGUACGCUUCUCCGCACAUUACAAACAUUCAGACAAUUUUCUUAAAUACGACAAUUUUCUCUUAA